AUGUCCACUGUCUCGAAUACUUCCCAUUUCAAUGCUAUCCAACAAGAAGUCGCAGAGAUGUUAGGGUUUUCUCUUAAGGACCUAGAGAGCAAGACUUUAAGAGCAGAACGUUUACGAAAUGCAAUUAGUAACAAGAAAGUUAUUGUCUUGUUGGAUGAUGUUUGGGAUGAGUUUGAUUUAAAUGUUUUUGGUUUUCCAUUAACAAAAUCAGAUGUGGUUGAGUAUUGCUGUAAAAUUAUGUAUACAUCUAGAAACAAAGAUUUAUGGUUAGGUAAACGGACCAUUACCAAGAAGGAAAUCGGACUUGAUCUAUUGUCAUGUGAAGAAACUUUUAAUUUAUUUAAAAGAAAAGUUGAUCUGCAAUAUGAUGAUAUUGAUUUUCAUUGGAAGAAUGAAAAAGCUAGAAAAAUUGUUGAAGAAUGUGGACGAUUGCCCCUCGCGCUUGGGGUUGUAGGUGGCGCUCUCAUCGAAAAAGACAAACACGUGUGGGAGAAUAUGUUUUAUCAGUUGAGGAAUCAAGGUCGAGAUCAACAUAAAAAAAAAGAUAAACAAGGUCUUGGAAACAAGUUAUCACUUUUUAAAUGA